AUGGGGUUUCAUGGCCAUGGACCUGGCCUCAUCGAGGUUGAGACAUUGUUUUCUCAAAUCCUCGUCAACCUGUUUCAUCCAUAUUUUCUUUGGCGCUGUUCGUUGGACUUUCCACUGGACAGGUCGAUUUUGGAGUUUGUAUGUUUGUUUGGCAUCUCCUCCAUCGUUCGAACCGACUGUUCCUCAACCUGGAAGCUUGCUGUCAACAGUGGUCUGAACUGGCACCAUUUUGUCAAUCCCAUCAUGCUCUUGGUCCUGUACUACACACUGGCCACCUUGAUCCGUCUGUGGCUGCAAGAUCCCAUGAUCAUGCAGGAGAGUGAGAAAGAGGAGAUAAACGAGGGAAAUGAGGCCACGGGAAACAGCUUCGUUCACACGUCGAUCGGGAAGCGGCUGCUUUGGUGGAAAGCACAUCAGAAAACUGAGGAAAGAAAUAUUGCGGUGGUCAACUCAAAUGGGACGUCGUUUGAUUACGUCUCCGCUGUGCCCAUUGAGAAUGGACCGGUCAGUCUGGACAUUUACUCAACUCCUCAGUACAAACUGGAGGAGGAAGAGGAGAAGACAGAUGUGGAAGAGGAAGAGGAAGAAGAAGAGGAAGAACAGGGCGGACCACCAAGCGCUCUCGUGAAAGUGUUCAAGUUUGUCAUGAAGCAGAGCUACAUCUGUGCUCUUAUUGCUAUGAUGGCGUGGAGUAUAACGUACGUUAGCUGGCUGACGUUUGUCUUUCUGCUGUGGUCCUGUACUCUGUGGAUGGUACGUGACCGGAGGAAAUACGCCAUGAUGACCUCGCCAUUCAUGGUGGCCUAUGGGAACCUCCUGUUGGUCCUUCAGUAUAUCUGGUGUUUUGAGCGCUUGGAUCCAGUGCCGGGUUUCUUUCUGAAGAUGAAGGUGCCCUUCACUGAACUGAGCACCAAGGUUCUGUGUCAGCUGAGUUUCUGGCUUCUGCUCAGACAAACUUUGAUGGAGAGACAAGAGAAGAUGGAAGAGGAAGCAGCUCUUUGUGACGUCCAAAUAGAUGAGCAGAAAAAAGGUGGGUCACUGCAGAAAAUCUCUCUUCGUUGUUAUAUAUUCAUAAAGAAAUAACUUUCCAUGUGGGUUGCAGAGGAAGACAAAGACAAAGAGGAAGAGGAGGGGGACGAGAACGACCUGAUGCAUGUGAUUGGGAAACUAGUGAUGGCUCUGCUGGUGAAAUACUGGAUCUAUGUUUGCGGAGGAAUGUUCUUCUUCGUCAGCUUCGAAGGAAAGAUGGUCAUGUACAAGAUCAUCUACAUGAUGAUGUUUCUGUCCUGCGUGGCUCUUUACCAGGUGCAUUAUGAGUGGUGGCGCAGGAUCCUGAAGUACUUCUGGAUGUCUGUGGUGGUUUACACCAUGCUAGUGCUCAUCCUAAUCUACACCUGUCAGUUUGAGAACGCCAUCGCUACCUGGACCAGAAUGACGGGCAUAUCAGAAGACGUACUGAAGGACAUCGGUCUGGAGAGGUACGUCCUCUCUGAUCUGUUCACCCGUAUCUUCAUCCCCACGUCCUUCCUGCUGGUCUGCAUCCUGCACCUGCAUUACUUCCACGACCACUUCCUGCAGCUCACCGAUCUCAAAGCCGUCAUCAGCAAAGAGCAGAGCACCAUUUACAGCUAUACUAAAGUCAGUGGUCGUAUCUAUCUGAUCGUGGAUAGACUGGCUCAUCCUGACGGGAGUCUGGCGGAUCUGACGAUGAUGAGCACCUCUCCAGAGCCGCUGCUGAAGGAGGAGAAGGAGAAAGAGUCCAUGAACGAGGUGCUGGUCGUGGACUGUGUGGAGGAGGAGAAGAAGAAAGAGUCUCUGUCCAUCCGUUCAGCUCAUCUGUCCAGUCAGGAGGACAUUCAGCAGUUCAGUGCCGCCACAGAUCCAGAACUGCCCUCAGAACAGAGCUCAGACCUCAAGAAUAAAUGGCAUUUGGUGGUGGACCGGCUCACGGUCCUGUUCCUCAGGUUCCUGGAGUACUUCCAUAAGCUGAAGCUCUUCAUCUGGUGGCUCCUGGAGAUGCACAUCAUCAAGAUCGUGUCCACUUACAUCAUCCUGCUGUCUGUCAAAGAGGUUUCGCUGCUGAACUAUGUGUUUUUGAUCUCGUGGGCGUUUGCGCUGCCGUAUCAGCAGUUUCGAGUGCUCGCUUCCAGCGUUUGCACCAUCUGGACAUGUGUCAUCAUCAUCUGCAAGUUGUUUUAUCAGCUAGAGACCAUCGAACCUAAUAACUACUCAAGUAUUUGUACUAUGCCAUCCAACUACACAAAACAGGAAAAGAUGGAUAUGAAUCAUUCCCUACUGUACCGGAAGCCCGUGGAUCCUGCAAAUUGGGUCGGCCUGGAGAAGUUUGUUGAUAUACUGCCCAACCUGAGGAAUAACUUGUUGAUGUUGGCCAUCUUGGCGUUUGAAGUCACCAUUUACAGACACCAGGAGUUUUUCCGUCUGAGAAACAAACUCUCUCCUCCUCCCUCUCGGACCAUCUUUCACAACGUCACCCGGCAACACCUCGACAACGGCAUCAUCAAGUGUGCCAAAUACUUCAUCAACUACUUCUUCUACAAGUUUGGUUUAGAGGUGUGUUUCCUGUUGUCGAUCAAUGUGAUGGGUCAGCGGAUGGAUUUCUACUCCAUGCUGCACGGUUUGGCUCUGGCUGUGGUGAUGUACAGACGCCGGAGGAAAGCCAUCGCUGAGAUCUGGCCCAAAUACUGCUGCUUCCUGGCCUGCAUGAUCACCUUCCAGUACUUCAUCUGCAUUGGAAUCCCACCGGCUGCUUGUAACGAUUAUCCCUGGAGGUUUACUGGCUCCAUGAUGGAUUCUGACGUCAUUAAAUGGCUUUACCUUCCUGAUUUCCACACUGAGCCCAACUCCAUGUUCCUCGUCUAUGACUUCAUGCUGCUGCUGUGUGCGUCGCUGCAGAGGCAGGUGUUUGAAGAUGAAAACAAAGCUGCCGUUCGUCUGAUGGCGGGAGAUAACGUGGAGAUCUGCAGAGAUCUGGACGCAGCGUCCUUCAGCGUUCACAACCCCGUACCGGACUUCAUUCACUGCAGGUCGUACCUGGACAUGCUGAAGGUGAUCAUGUUUAGCUACCUGUUCUGGUUCGUCCUGACCAUCAUCUUCAUCACGGGCACGACUCGGAUCAGUGUCUUCUGCAUGGGUUACCUGGUGGCGUGUUUUUACUUCCUGCUCUUCGGUGGCGAUCUCUUGCUCAAGCCAAUCAAGAAGAUCCUCCGUUACUGGGAUGUCCUCAUAGCUUACAAUGUCUUCGUCAUCACAAUGAAGAACGUGUUUGCUAUUUUGGCAUGUGGUUAUAUCAAGCAUUUGGUGAAGAAUAGCUGCUGGUUGGUUCAGCUGCUCAGUCUUGCCUGCACCAUAAAAGAAUACAAAGCUCUAGAAGGCGUGUCUUUAGAGAAUUGUGAGGUGCCAAGGGACGAGGCUGGGAUUAUCUGGGACAGUAUCUGCUUUACGUUCCUCCUGCUGCAGAGACGUGUCUUCAUGAGCUACUACUUCCUGCAUGUGGUCGCAGACAUCCGCGCCGGACAGAUUCUCGCAUCUCGAGGAGCAGAGUUGUUUCAGGCCAGCAUUGUGAAGGCCGUGAGAGCUCGUCUGGAGGAGGAGAAGAGAUCCAUGGAGCAACUGAAGAGACAGAUGGAUCAUAUUAAGAUGCGGCAGCAGAAGUUCAAGAGAGGAAAGGAGAAGAUGCUCAGCAUGGCUCAGGAGUCUGGAGACGAGCAGAAAUUUAUCCAGCCUGACGACAACGACGACGGUGAUGAUGAUGAGAAAAAGAAAAACAAGGUGCACAAAAAGCAGUGGUGGAGGCCUUGGGUUGACCAUGCGUCCAUGGUGAGAAGUGGUGAUUAUUACCUGUUUGAAACUGACAGUGAAGAGGAAGAGGAAGAGGAGGAGAAAAAAGAUGAAGAACCACCCAAGAGAUCAGCCUUCCAGCGAGCGAUCAGAAAGUUUGCUUCGGCCCUCGUGGCUUUACCCAGAUCUAUCAUUAAACUGCCCAAAACUGUUCUGCAGUAUUUAAUCAGGGCGGCCAAGUUCGUGUAUCACACCUGGAUCGCUGACUCUAAAGCAGCCCUGAAAGAAAGAGGCAAAGGGAGACGUCAUUUCUGGAAGCGAUACGGCCGCAGACGUAGAAAAGACAAGAAAGAAGGUCAUGUGGCGAUAGAGAUCGGUGAAGAAGAUCGUCAGAGUUCAGAGGAAGACAAAACGGACGGACCAGACAACAUCAUCAAGAGGGUCGUCAACAUCAUCAAGUUCACCUGGGUGCUGUUUCUGACCACCGUUGAGAGCAUCACCAAGUGGCUGAACUCCGUCUGCAGAGAAUACAUCGACAUCUCCACCGUGCUGCGCAUCGAGCGCUGCAUGCUGACCAGAGAAGUCAAGAAGGGAAACGUGCCGUCCCGCGAGAGCAUCCAUGUGUACUACCAGAAGCAGAUGAAACUGAACGGAUCUCGUGAAUCUGGACUGGACCGGAUCAGUGAGGAGGACUCCUGCUCAAACAGAGAGCGCCGCAGACGAGUCGGCCACAGCCUGGAUUCCUUCGCUUCCAGAGACAGCAUCUCCAGCGCAUACACCGAAGCCACCAUGCUGUUUUCCCGUCAGUCUACCUUGGAUGACUUGGACGACAUGCCUCAGAAUAUUCCCAAAACCAGCGAACGCGCUCGUCCCAAGCUGCGCAAAAUGUAUGGUCUGGACAUGUCCAACUCCUCUGCGGACAGCGGAAGCAGCGUCAUGUCCAGUGAAGCUACUCAGUGCGUCACACUGUUCUCUCGGCAAGGAACCAACGACACUAUAGACGAGGUCGAGGACGAGAGAGAACAGGUGCAGGUGAAAGAGGAGGAAACCGCAGAGACUGUUGAGGACAAACCUGAGAGAGCAGAUCAUGAGGAAGUGAAGCAGGAAGCAACGAAUGAGCUGGAAGAGGAAGUGACACAGGAAGAGACGGGUGAGCUGGAAGAGGAAGUGGCACAGGAAGUGACAGAUGAGCCAGCAGAGGAAGUGACACAGGAAGAGACGGGUGAGCUGGAAGAGGAAGUGGCACAGGAAGUGACAGAUGAGCCAGCAGAGGAAGUGACACAGGAAGAGACGGGUGAGCUGGAAGAGGAAGUGACACAGGAAGAGACAGGUGAGCUGGAAGAGGAAGUGACACAGGAAGUGACAGAUGAGCCAGCAGAGAAAGUGACAGGAGACGUGGAAGAGGAAGUCCAAUGGGAUUCAGUGGAUCCAGAGGAAGCAGUUGAAGAUGUUCAGGUUCCUCAGCUGGAUUGCGAGGAGCAUCAAAAAGAAGAGCAGUACAUUACUGAAGAUGAGGACGGUGAACAGCCGAUCCGACAGGAUGAAGGUGAAUCAUCAGGACUGGAGAACGUGAUCAGCGGGCAUCUUUUCACCCCGGACACAGACGCCCCCAACACCUCGGACGCUGACGUGCCGCCCAGCUACAGCAAAGCCGUGAGCUUCGACCGUCUGUCUUUGAGCUCGGACGAAAGUGACAGUGACAAACGGCUGAUGCUGAUGACACCCGACAGCAGAUCCGAUCUGGACGACCCUCUGCUGCCCUCCAUGACCACCGAUCUGACCGCCAGCGAACUGCUGCUCAACAAAAUGUUCUAUGAUGAGGAGCUGGAGAAUUCUGAGCAUUUCUAUAAAUCGCAGCCGCUCGGGCUCCAGCUGUGUUACGCUCUCUAUAACCUGCUGGUGGCGCACUCUGAGAUGGUCGGUUACCUGGUCAUCAUCCUCAACCACAUGAUCUCGGCUUCCAUGGCAACACUGGUGCUGCCCAUCCUCAUCUUCCUGUGGGCGAUGCUCUCUGUUCCUCGGCCCAGCAAGCGUUUCUGGAUGACGGCCAUCGUGUACACCGAGGUCACAAUCGUCGUCAAAUACUUCUUCCAGUUCAGUUUUUUCCCAUUCAACCAGAACCUGAAUGUCACCAAGGUGAAGCCAUACCAUCCGCCCAACAUCAUCGGCAUAGAAAGGAAAGAAGGAUACGUGCACUAUGACCUGGUUCAGCUGCUGGUGCUGUUUUUCCACCGAUCCAUACUAAAGAUUAUAUUGGUUGAGUUCUAUCAGCCCAUCCGUCAGUUCUUCUAUAACCUGAUCCACCCUGAGUACAACGCCGUGACAGAUGUUUACGUCUUGAUGUUUCUAGCAGACACUGUUGAUUUCAUCAUUAUUGUCUUUGGCUUCUGGGCAUUUGGGAAACAUCAGGGAGGUGCUGAUAUCACAUCCUCGCUGUCAGAAGACCAAGUUCCCGGGCCGUUCCUCGUCAUGGUGCUCAUCCAGUUCGGCACGAUGGUGGUGGAUCGCGCCCUGUACCUCCGCAAGACAGUGAUGGGAAAAGUGAUUUUCCAGGUCGUCCUGGUGUUCGGCAUCCAUUUCUGGAUGUUUUUCAUCCUACCAGGAAUCACAGACAGGCGCUUCAGUCAGAACAAUAUCGCUCAGCUGUGGUACUUUGUGAAAUGCAUUUACUUCGGCCUGUCAGCGUAUCAGAUCCGCUGUGGAUAUCCGACUCGCAUCCUGGGAAACUUCCUCACCAAGAGCUACAGCUACGUCAACCUCUUCCUCUUCCAGGGGUUCCGUCUGAUCCCGUUCCUGACGGAGUUGCGGGCGGUGAUGGACUGGGUUUGGACGGACACGACGCUCAGCUUGUCUAGCUGGAUCUGUGUGGAGGACAUCUACGCUCACAUCUUCAUCCUCAAAUGCUGGAGGGAGUCCGAGAAGCGUUACCCUCAGCCGCGCGGGCAGAAGAAGAAGAAGGUUGUGAAGUAUGGAAUGGGCGGGAUGAUCGUGAUGCUCCUGAUCUGCAUCGUUUGGUUCCCGCUGCUCUUCAUGUCUCUGAUCAAAUCUGUGGCAGGAGUGGUCAACACUCCGCUGGACGUGUCCGUCACGCUCACGCUGGGAGGACUUCAGCCGAUCUUCACGAUGAGUGCCCAGCAGAACCAUCUGAAAAAUGUGUCUCCAGCGGAGUUUGUCAAGUUUUCACAAAUAUACAGCUCUGAUGCAAAUGCCAUGCAGUUCCUGGAAUCUUAUGUUUAUGAGGAUUUGACAAUAGCCAAACUAGAAGGAAGUUCCAACUCACUUUGGACCAUCAGCCCCCCGAGCAAGGAGAACCUCAUUAAAAUGCUCAGUAACACAGACGAGAAGUUUCCUCUCACCUUCACCUGGUCCAUACAGAGGAACCUCAGUUUAGGUGCCAAAGCUGAAACUGCAAUAGGGAAACACUAUAUUGACUUGGACAAAGAAACGAGAACUAAUCUAACAAAUCUACUGAAUGGAACUGAGCACAAGGAAGUGACCAUCAAAUGCAUUUUUCCAAGAUACAUCAGAGCACCGAGCGACUCCAAUGCCAAGCCUAUUGAGCAGCUUUACCUCGAUGAAGAAUACAUGAGCAUCACACUGUCCUUACAUAAAUCCAGUAAAGACAGCACAGAGGGCGUCCAGGAGUGGUGGAUCGUGAAUCAGACUGAAGCAGGGCCGUUAUCUGUGGGCUCAGCCAGGAAUGCAAAUGAAUCUGGUCUGGAGCUCUACAUCAUCAGUGACCAAGUCAGUCCACCCAGUCUGGGCUUUCUGGCGGGUUAUGGGAUCAUGGGUCUGUACAUGUCGGUGGUUCUGGUUAUCGGGAAGUUCGUGCGCGAGUUCUUCAGCGGGAUCUCACACACCAUCAUGUUCGAAGAGCUGCCCAACGUGGACCGGAUCCUCAAGCUCUGCACCGACAUCUUCCUGGUCCGAGAGACGGGGGAACUGGACCUGGAGGAAGACCUGUACGCCAAACUCAUCUUCCUCUACCGCUCUCCAGAAACCAUGAUCAAGUGGACCAGAGAGAAGAGUGAGUGACGCUGACCUUCGGAGGAACUCUAAACGAACCACGAGAAGCACAAAGCGGGAAUUGUGCCUCCUUCACAAAGUGCACGGUUGGAUUGAACCGAUUGUUCUUCAUGCUAACUGAUGAAACGUUAGCACUCGUGUAGUUUUCACCCAGUGCACUUGCUAGUGUUUUGUAAGGGCUUGAUAAGUGAACUUUAGGGCUUCCAGGCAUGCGCCACUUUGAUACGACUCUCGCCUUUGGGAGUGCAUGCGACGUGAUGGACGUAGACGAGAAAUACUCAACCUCCUACAGACUUUGGGCUUGAUUUUGAACGUCUCUCUGAAUUCUGAAGGCGAGAACCGAAGCCCUGUAGGCGGCGCUGUGAAUUACGUGACAAUCUCUAUUUGCCUUAUUUCAUUUGUACAAUCAACUAGACGCAUCAUUAUCCACCACCUUUCUCAGGAAUACAUUCGGAUCAUUUCACCACGACGGGAUCUCAACCUUUUUUCUCAUGUACGGCACGGUGUGAAGAGGAACAUACGCAACAGUAAUAACUUCACUCCUUGGGGACUUUAAGGAGAUCAUCUGUAAUUUAUGAACACAGAUUUGGAAUGGGAAAAGGACGUUUAGUGUUUUAUAAGGCUUGAAGUAGAAUGACUUUUCAAAACUAAUGGGAGAUUUUCACAUUACAAUGAAUGAUUUAUCAGUU